AUGGAUAAGAAUGAUGUAUCCCACGUCGAAAUCGCAGAUAACCUGACGAGGACUCCGACAGGGCAUAUAGAACUCCUGAGAAACAAUGAAGUCAUCCUAGUACCGACUCCCUCCGCCGAUCCUCGAGAUCCUCUGAAUCUCCCUGCCUGGCGUAAAUGGGUCCUCUUGGUACUUGUAUCGGCAUACAGCUGUACAUCGGUAGUGCUAGCAUCGGGAAUGGGAUCGAUCUCGUCAGUCGUCAAGGCCUCAUACCCAGGCCAAGAAGAUCGCGCGAAUGACCUUCUCACACACCCGACCCUGUUCAUGGGCGUCGGUAACUUGGUUAGCAUGCCGCUGGCAUACACAAUCGGUCGAAGACCUGUCUUCCUCGCUUCGAUUAUACUCCUCAUCGCAGGUGGUAUCUGGUGUCAAUGUUCAACUAGCUUGUCGAGUCACAUCGCUGGACGAGAUAUCAUGAGUCUUGCAGCUGGCCAAAGCGAGGCGUUGAGCCCCAUGAUUAUCCAAGAGAUUCAUUUCCUGCAUGAGCGCGGUCGCAAGCUUUCCUGGUUUAUUACGAUCCAGAACCUUGUCGCGGGUGUCUUCUUUGUUGUCUCGACAUACAUGGUCUCGGCAUGGGGUGGAUGGCGCUGGUGGUAUGGCUUCUUCACUAUCAUGAACGCAGUCAUACUAGUCUUCAGCUGGAUAUUUGUCUCGGAGUCACGAUUUGAAAGACCCGAGGAAGCCAUGAGGGGAGAGGCAUAUCCAAGCAACAAGUUCGGCGAUGAUAAUGUGGAGCAGGCACAAGGACAAGAGUACGGGCCUCGUUGCUGGCGUGAUGAUCUCAAACUACUCGCCACUCGUCCGAAUUGGAGCGAGAUUCCUACAUUAUACAAACAAGUCUUCCAAGGUCUCCUGAUACCAACAAUCUUAUGGCUUCUCCUACUCAAUGGAGCUCAUCUGGGCGUGUACGUCUUCCAAGCCUCGACAUUUUCGAGUAUCCUCAUGGCAUCGCCGUACAGCUUUUCCUUCACAUCUCUCGGAUACGUGCAAGCAGGUCAAAUUGUCUGCUGUCUGAUUUUCCUUCCUCUUCUGGGCUACGGAAGCGACUUUAUCAUUCGACUAUUCACAAAACGAAAUAACGGCCUCUUCAAGCCAGAAUACCGUCUCCCCGUCAUCGCGAUUCCUGCCAUCGUUGGCGUCAUCUGCGGAAUUAUUUAUGGUCAAGCAGGUACAAACCCAGGCAAAUGGAGUGCCGCGGCUGUGGUGAUCGGAUACAACGCUUCAUUCUUCGCGUUCUUAGGUGCAAAUAUCGUUGGUAUCACCUACGCUGUUGAUAGUUUCCCUCUACGCGCAGCGCCGUUCCUCGUCGUGAUAUGUGCUGGACGGGGUAUCAUCAGUUUCGGACUUAGCUAUGCUACAUUGCCAGCCGUGAAGACUAUCGGGUAUAGCGGGACGAUGAUUGCUGAGGAGGUUAUCUGCGGCGUCUUGUCUUUAAUUGCGAUUCCGAUGUUCUUCCUGGGUCCUCGUAUCCGCAGCUUUGUUGGGCGCUGGUGUGGCAGCAAGGACAUCUCUUGA